AUGUGGCCGAAUCAUCCGGAGAUAGCCAGUAAGCUCUCCUGGUACUACUUCCAGAUCAUCACCGUUAACGACUGUCUCUAUCGCAGUAUGCAGGAUGUAGAGUUUGUCUUCUUUGGUGAUCUUGACGAGAUCCUGGUGCCCGUAAGCCCCUCGGCCAAAAACUGGAGUACUCUGACAGAUUACCUCUGGAAUGCGUCCUCUCUGAUCCUCCCCAGCCCAGGAUACUGUUUUAACUCGGCCAUCUUCCCUACCACUGCACCGGCCCGGAACUUUGAACGGCCCUUCCAUAGACGCUAUACGCGGCGUGUUGAGAAGUUGGACACUGUGCGCAGGAAAUGUCUGGUGCGACCUUUGUGGAUUUUUGAGAUGGGCAUCCACCACAUCAGUAAACCCUACGAAGAGUCUACGCUGACGGCCCUCAAUAUGAGACCUGGUCAUUCCGAAAUCGCAAUUGUGCACCACUAUCGGUUUGAAGCGAUUGAUCGUAGGGAACAUUGCAUUGAGGACAAAUCGCUUGAGAGAUUUCUUCCAUAA